AUGGGACCAGGCAGACCUGCUCCAACCUGUGUUCAUCUUACAGCUGAUGCCCAACUAGAUGGGAGGUGUGACCACAGGAAACUUCAAGCCCAGAACCAACUGCAGUUUAAUAGGAAUGUUCCUACAGAUCCAAGCAACUUGGCGAUCAGAUAUACCUGUCCACAUGCAAUUACAAUUGAGAAACUGAAGCACUCAUACCAUGAAUCAUACCAUUGUAAAGACUCGGGUUUUAGAGAUGGGCCUGACCUGAGCAGUUCUGUUUCCUUUUCCGUCAUAUCAGAAGAGAGACUUAGCUACGCUGUCCACCUAGCCAAACGAGAUGUGAAACGAAGACAAUUUGAAGAACAUAUGAAAGAACAUCAUCUCAGGAGUCAGCCCCAUAUCUCUCAGAAAUGUGUGCAUACGAAGCCUAAAAUAGCUGGACAUGGUGUAGAAAGGAAGGAAUCAAAAAGUCAGGAAGUCUUUCAGUGCAGCCGCCAGCCGUUCAAAGGUGAAAUUUCCAGCUCAGGUGCUAAGGUAUACCUGUACCCAUCUCAUCCAGGACACUCAGACCUUACCGUGCCAAAUUCGCCACCCACCCGGGAUCCAGGACUUGAGCCACAUCCCAGGAUAAGUGAACAGAAAAGCCUAUUAGAAGUUCAGCGGCUCCAGAAAGAAUUAAGCAGUUGUAUCCACAAAAUUGAAGAAGUAGCUAAAAAAGGUAGAAUAGAAGAGGCUUUGGAUCCAGAUGAAGAGCGACGAGUCCAAAUCAGGAGACAAGAGCAAGCCGUGCGCUCUGCCCGGAUGCUCUAUGUCCUCCAGCAGCAGAUAAAGGAAAUCCAGGAAGACUUGGAUAAAUUGAGCCCACAUAAAAUUAAGCACACUAAGAAGUCAUGGGCAAUGUCUAGGCUGGCAGCUGCCCACCGUGGGGCCAUUCGGGCCUUACAGGUAUUUGUCACUCAGUUUACUGACCGAGGAGAACACCCAGUUCCUUCACGGAUUCGUGAACUGGGCAGUCUCAUCCGCCAACUUUCACUCUGUUCUGCCAAGCUGGAUUCUGAUCCUUCUGUCCCUGAUGUGGUUAUAGAUAUCCUGCAACAAAUUGAGGACUUGGAAUCCCUCCUGGAACAGAAACUGUCACCAAAAAAAGUGAAAAAAUGUUUCUCUGGAACUCGGAGCAAAUUUCCUGUUGGUAGCCAAAGAGUCUUAGAGAAAUGGCCAAGUACAUCAUCGAAGAGUGAAAGGAGACUCUCUGGAGCAAAGGAGAUGUUUCCACAGGAAACAGGCCGACCUUCAGUAGCAAAGAAGCUUCUUGCUGAUAAGUGUCAACCUGAUACCGAGCUUCCAGUGACUAAGAGGUUAGAGGACGAGCUUGAUGCAUUGGCUGUAGAUGUCCUUCAGGAAGAAACUCCAUCUAUUUUAGACCAAAACGCAAGCUUCAGAGACGAAACAUUAGCCCUGGCAAAAACAAGAGCAGUGAAAAGGAAGCCUGUGACUGCGCCUGUGCCUUUUAGGAAGAAAGAUGCUCUGGCGCCUGCAAGACCGCAGCAGGGACUCCAUAAAGCUGAAAAGUGUAAACCAACUCAACCUCACAUCAAAAGCAGGUUGCACCAGACAACAGUCUCGUCCAGACUGAAAAUGAACCAACAGCCUGUGAGAGACCAAAGGGCUCCUUGGAUACCACCAAAUCCCACAUCGCCACCAGCAUCCCCUAAAUGUGCUGCAUGGACAAAGGUGAAACAUAGCCCCAAGGAUGCCACAAAAGAGCAGUCUGUCCAGCAAGAAGAUACGCAAGAGGAAAGUCACUUGCCAGGUGCUGUUGAACAUGAAGCAGCCAGGCUCGCCUGGCUUGAUGUUGAAACUUCCAAAAGGUUGAAGGAACUAGAAGAAUUAAAAGCCAAAGAAAUGAACAAAAUACAAAAAUGGAGGCUUGAUUGGCUUGAUGCGGAAACUUCCAGAAGAACAAAGGAACUGAAUGAACUGAAAACCGAAGAAAUGGAUAGACUCCAAGAAUUGAGUGUUUCUGCCACCCAGCUAGCAGACAAGGUAGAGCAGGCAGUACUGCAGCGUCUGAAGCCUCUCCUGGCCAAGGCCCAGAGAGUCAAUUCUUCUCUGGACGCAAAUACUCAUUUGAACAAUCAUCCGUCAGUAAACACAGCAGCAGCGCAGCCCGCAGAGGAGGUUACAGCUGUUGGUUCCGAAUCCAGCAACGUUCAUCUGGUGGAUGAGUUUUUGGAAGAUGCCACUCAUAAGCUCUGGGCUGUGACUCACUCUAAGAUCUUGAAGGACAGCAAGGACACUCCAACUCUGGAGACCAUGAUGCUCCGAAUGGAAGAAAUUGAAACAUACCAGGAGGCAGUUCGCCAAAGGUAUAAUAAAUUUGUAUAUGCCGAUGCUCGUUUUUGGACACAGGAAGAAAAAAAAGACCAUGAAGUGGUAGCAGUCACUGAAAGGCCUCUGCCUCCCCAUCCAAUCCAGAUCACAAAGACAGCACCUUACAAAGACCCGGACGUGAACAUUGUGGUAGAAAGGCCUUGGAAUGGCAAUUCCCUGGAUGAAAGUGUGGAAACAGAGGAGAAGUUGAAGCAGAGAGAGGUUCCCCUUCUCUCCCUUCCAGAGGAUGCUCAACAGAAAGAGGGUGGAGCUCUCCUCUUCCUCCCCCCUGCGAUGUUGCACAGCAUUGGGGACUACUGCAGUCGAUUUGAGCACUACCUCCGGAUGAUUUCUCACGAGGCUGUUGGCUCCUUCAACCCGUGGCUGAUAGCCGAAAGCUUUUCAGAAGAGCUGGUAGAUGAAGCUCUGGGGGCCGUGGCUGCUGAACUUCAGGAUGUGUGCGAAGAUUAUGCUGAAGCUGUGUUCACCUCAGAGUUCUUAGAGGCUGCUACUUAA